AUGGUCCCGACGGCCGACCUCCAGCACUUCAACCUGGACGCCCCCCUCAACCAAAGCACGCUGUUCGUCGUGCUAUUCUUGUUUUCUACGUUCGGGUACGUCAUCACCGCCUGUGGGUCUGUUACACCAAGCGAGAACGCAGUCACCAAUGCGGUCACGGAUUCCAACAGGUACUCGCUGGGCGUACUCGACCACCAUCACGUCCGACGCACUCGCAGCCAAGACGUACCCAAACGCCAUAAACAUGGACAGAAGGAUGAACAGCGUGCCGAUGUUGGGGCGGAAAUGAAGUACACUGCAGCGAACCUCGUCCAACGGCGUACCACAAUAACGUAG